CUCCUAUGUCAACAUCAGAGGCUGAGCGAAAUUUCUCAACAUUGAAAAGAAUCAAGACUUUUCUUCGUAAUACUAUGACCCAGGAUCGCCUUACAGCAUUGUCGAUGCUGUCCAUUGAAAAGGAAUUUAUUUCGACCAUGGAAAAUUUCAACGGAAAGGCGAUCGACAAAUUUGCUGCCCAGAAGGAGCGCAGGAUCGAACUGACAUAUGAAAAAUAGGUAAGUUCGGAUUUGCAGAACACCUGUUUUAUUUUGCCACGAGCCGCCGCUGCCACACGGGCUUUCUUUUUUUGUCGAUCUUUGAUGCACAAAAAACAAAACACACAACUACGCUACGACUUCGCACAUUUGACUGCUGGAGAUCGCAACGUGAAAA